CGGCACUUCCUUCCAUGUGCUAUCAUUAAGCGAGCGAGCUUCGCCAGCUUUGUUGUUUCACGUUUCUCUCUCAAUCUUUCUGCUUCAGAACCGAUAUGGCAUCCGAGAAGGAGCAUAAGGUUCUGCACAGUGGUUACUCACAUCCCGUCCUUAGAACUUGGCAGACCAACUCAGCCAGUAUAUCGGCUGCUAACCUCAUAUAUCCACUCUUUGUUACAGAUGGAGAAGAUACAGAGGAUCCAAUUCCAAGCAUGCCAAACCAGUGCCGAUAUGGUGUAAAAAGACUAAAAGCUGUUCUACAGCCUCUCAUUGAUAAAGGUCUUCAGGCUGUAUUAAUAUUCGGAGUACCAAGUAAUUUACCUAAGGAUAACAUCGGGAAGAGUGCCACAUCACCAAACACACCAGUAAUUAUUGCUCUAGAACAUCUGCGGAGAUGGUUCCCACGUCUGCUGCUUAUCUGUGAUGUCUGUCUUUGUGCCUACACCUGUCAUGGUCAUUGUGGGGUCCUCAACAAAGAUGGUUCUAUCAAUAAUGCUGAAUCCAUUAAACGAUUAUCGGAGAUUGCUGUUACAUAUGCUAAAGCAGGCUGUCACAUUGUCGCACCAUCUGACAUGAUGGAUGGGAGGGUCGGAGCCAUUAAACGGAGUUUAAUAGAAAAUGGUUAUGGUAGCAAAGUGUCCAUCAUGAGUUAUAGUGCCAAGUUCGCUUCUGGUUUCUAUGGCCCUUUUAGAGAUGCUGCCCGGUCUGCUCCGUCUUUUGGUGACCGACAAAGUUACCAGUUACCCCCUGGUGCCCUCGGACUUGCUGACAGAGCUGUUGAGCGUGAUAUUGAAGAAGGUGCUGAUAUGAUUAUGGUGAAACCUGGUUUGCCAUAUUUAGAUGUAGUACAACAAAUUCGGUCAAAGUAUCCAUCACAUCCGUUAGCUGUUUAUCAAGUGUCUGGAGAAUAUUCUAUGCUGUAUUAUGCCGCUAAGGCAGGAGUCUUUAAUCUGAAGCAAGUUGUCUUGGAGACAUUAACUGGGAUGCGACGUGCAGGUGCUGUGAUGUUGAUUACGUAUUUUGCACCUGACGUCUUAGAGUGGUUAUCUGAUCCCUGCAAGAAGUGAAGAACAAGACAUGCGCCAUUUCACAGCACAGACACAACACAAAAACCAUCCACGUUGGGCAGUUAAUGAUGUUGAUGAGGAAGCAAAUCUUCAUUUUUGUUUGUGUGUGCUUCUCUGUUUUCCUUCACUUUAUUUCAUUAUCUCAUUAUCAUUUACAACAACAACAACAACAAUAAAAAAAAACCCAUUCAUUUAAAAGGAUUUUUUUUUUUUAGUUGGUGAUGGGUGAUACACUUUUUAUUUUGUUCUUCAAUGACAUUUUUUAUUAAAAAAAAUCUAAAUCUAAAUCAUUUUCCUGUGUUAAUUACAAGUCAUUAACACAUGGUUUUUAAUUUAGGAUACAUAUCUAAAUAUUAUUUUAUAUAUAUGUAUAUGUAUGUAUAUAUAUAUAUAUAAAAUAAUUAAGGAAAAGUCAUUAGGGAUGAGGUGCUAAUGAGUACCUGUUGUCUUUUCCUCCUGUCUUUGAGUAGUUUAUUUAAAUUAAAUUUUGUUUAAUUAUUUUAAUUUUUCUCUCCCCAAUGCUCCUCCAUAUGCCUCAUAAAUUGUUGACGUUCAUUAGUAUUCUAGUUGUUAAUGUACUUGUAUAAUCAAGUGACUAUAUCUUCCUUCAUUCCUGUCUAAGAGCCUACCCCUCCCACCCUGAAAGUCUUACCCUAAAAAAAGUGUUGGUCUUAUUUGUGUCUUAUUCAGAAAAGACACUGAUAUAUAAUUUAAUUUUAUAUAUAUAUAUAUAAUUAAAAUUUAAUUUAAUUGCAAAAAAAAAUUUUUUACAAUAAAUAUUAUUCUAGAUAUUUUAAAAAUAUUAAAGGUUCAAGUUUCUUGAGUUUGGCAACGGUUUAUUAUUUUACAAUAGUUUAAGUCGAUGUUUUUACAUAUAUGAGCUUUCAUAUGGUUGUAAAGUAUUAUCUGGCCCAACAGACUGGUUACACUGAUGUACAUGUAGGCUGUACGGACCUUCUUAGCAACUGUCUCUCAUGCAAAAAGAAAAAAAAUGGAAAAGAAAGACAAACAAUAAAAAUCAACAAAAAUGAGACAUUUAUAAAUGUAUAUUGAUUAAAUUUAAGUGUAAUAUGGUUAAAACUCCAGUCAAUAUUAAUUUCUGACUCUGGAUAGGGCACAAAAAGUUAUAGAUGAUAUGGGGUUACAAGAUGAAUCACAGUCAGUGUAGUUCUAUGAAUGAGGAAAAAUAUGUUACUCUCCACACAGUCAGAGGAAGAACAUUCGGCAGCUGUUUUUUAUUUUUAUUUUAUUAAAAUUUUUUUUUUUUUUAGAUUAUUUAACUUUUUUUUUCACCCCUGUCCUCUACAUUGUUGGAAUCUUAUUUUUUCUUCUUUAUAUUUUGGUCAGUUUUUGAAAAAGUGUAACAAGAAUCCCACACAUCCAAAAAUGAAUAUGUGCAUGAGUGUGUAUACAUGUGUGUAUAUGUAUGUCUGUGUGUGUGUGUGUGUGUGUGUAUAUAUAUACACGUAUGUGUAUGCUGGUGGAUAUAUCAUCUACAAAUCUGAUCCAUUCUUUGAACUGAACUUUGUUUUU